AUGUCUUCUACUCAAGAUCUUGUACCCGACUCUGAGACACUCUGUGUUAGCAACGACCCUCACCAUCCCGCCAACUUGAUUCCCGAGUUAUGUCGUCUGUUCUAUCAAUUAGGCUGGGUGACAGGUACUGGGGGCGGUAUCAGUAUCAGAAAUGGCGAUCAUGUCUACAUUGCUCCUUCAGGUGUUCAAAAGGAGAGAAUGGAAGCUGCUCAACUUUUUGUCAUGAACUACCAUGAUCGUACACUAUUAAGAAAGCCCUUGGUAUUGAAGCCAUCUGCCUGUACACCUUUGUUUUACAAUGCUUACAGCAUGCGUCAAGCUGGUGCCUGUAUCCACACGCACUCUCAAAAUGCUGUCAUGGCUACGUUGUUGUAUUCAGGAGAGACAUUUGAAAUCUCGCAUCAAGAAAUGAUCAAGGGCAUCCGUAUUGGAUCUACCAAGAACAACUUGCGCUAUUUUGACAAGCUGGUGGUGCCUAUCGUGGAGAAUACACCUGAAGAAGAGGAUUUGACCGAUAGAAUGGCUGCUGCCAUGGAGAAGUACCCUGAUACCAAUGCUGUGCUUGUGCGUAGACAUGGCGUCUACGUUUGGGGUGAAUCUUGGGAGAAGGCAAAGACCAUGACUGAAUGUUAUGAUUAUCUCUUUGAAAUUGCCGUCAAGAUGAAGUCUAUUGGGAUCGAUCCUGCUGUGAAGCCUGCUAGCGAACCUGAUUACGAAUAA